GCCCUGUCUUACCACAGCUAUAUCAUACUACACCGCAAAGGUUUUUUUUUGGCUCUAUUUUUUUGAAUUCCAAAGUGAAGGAACUUACUCACCCGUGUUUAUCUUUUUGACACCCGUACGGCCACUCGCGUGAUUUGGUGUCUAUAACAAAGUAAAAACAGAAGUCCUUAACUUAAAGCCACUGCUGCCCUUACAGCAGACACCCCUAGUACGUCC